GGGGGGGGUAGAGGCAUAGGGGGAGUGCGAGAAUUUGCCAGAGAUGGCGUUAUGGUGCUGUCUACCCCUGGCAUUUGGUGUCAUCAGCACGGCGGGCGUGUGGACCGUGUAUGGACUGGCCGUUCAAUAUGGGCACGUGUGCGCAUUUUCCGAGUGGCCUCGGUUCAUCGAGGACUGCUACAAUAAAACCGACUGUUGUGACCUCGAUAAAAUCCCCUACAUCAGCGCGACCGGAGCGACGCGGCCCGAGAGCGCCCUGUUCAGCAUCGUGACGACCAUCUCCUCCAUCGUGUUGGCGCUGGUGGCCCUGCUGCUGCACGGGCUGACGGUGCAGGCGUGUGGCUCGUCCCGCCUCGAGCACGUGAGCCGGGCGGCGCUGGCAUGCACCUUCCUGGCGGCUGUGGGGGCCUUCCUCGUCGGCAGCUGCCCCAGCGCCGGCGAGGCCCUCCGCUGGGCCCACCUCAUCUCCGCCGCCAUCUGCAUGACCGCCGGAACGGUGGCGGCCGGGCUGCAGACGCUGGUGUCGUGGAAGCUGCAGGGUGGGGUGGCGUCGUGGGUGCAGCCUUGGGUGGCCGGGAUGCGAGCCGCUCUCUGUCUCUUCCUGCUGCUCACUGGGGGCCUGUACGGCUUCCUGUACGUGCGCAAGGAGGCGAGGCUGCUGCGGGUGGCGGCCGUGUGCGAGUGGGCAGCGUUCAGCGUCUUCUGCCUCGUGUUCUCCACCUUCGCCCUGGAGCUAUAUGGAGCGACCCGCGCCACCCUCAGCGCCCUCACCUGCAAGCGAGGGGACAGCGACGGCAUGCAGGAACACAUCCUCUUUGGCCAGAUGUCCCCCCCAAACUAAUACCUCUUUUCCACUCUACAACCGAGCCGCGCCAGGGGCCAUGCCGAGGCGGAUUGGAUGCAGGUUCGCAGGCGUCAGUUUGUGUUUCUACUGCAGUGCCGUGACGUCGCAAGCAAGAUGAACAAGUCGAGAUGCACGUAGUUGACGCGGUGACACUGUGUCCGAGUUGAACUCGCUUCACUGAUGGCCCGGCUUGGCCCCCAAGGCCAGCGUAGCGUGGUUUGGCCUCGCGCUCGGAUGUGGCAGUGGAAAAGGCAUAUAAAAGAGCACGGCCAAGCAACAGCAUUCGAGUUGCCCAGGACAGUCCCAGUUUCAUGAAGGCUGUCCCGGUGUCUCGAAGCAUGAGUUAAAAUUGCGAAAUGAUCACGGUUUAAAAUGUUCUGGCCUCGCGUUCGACUCGUUAGGGCGGGACUGGUAAUUGAGUGGUUAUCGCUAUGUCACAGUGGGAAGGGUUAACCGAGGAGGGGUGCAUGCUAGCCAACCAUGCGAUCUGGUUGAGCCUCCCAGAGAUACGGUAGCUCUGAAGAGAGACAAGUGUGCAAUGUGCGUGCAACAGGCAGCACGGCUUAAUAUGAUUUUAAAUUACAUUCAUAAUUAAUCUGACUUUAUUACAAGUGACAGUGGAGUGGUAGCACAGAGGUAAGCGCACCAUCCUAUAAACUCAAUAACCUGAGGUCAAUAACUGGCCACGGCCAACAUCAGUGGCCGGUUAUCGAAGCUAUUUCGCUGGGUUGAUAAUUCGGUUAACAUAGCAAUUGCACCCCUAGUCGUUUUACAUCGCGUUGGAUUGUAUUACUGGUAUGCGAAUGCAAAAAGAAUAAUAACGCUUACAUUUAAAUGGUACGAAUGUAUUUUGUUAAAGUAUGAUGUAAUUGUAUUAUUGUUAUGCACCAUGACAUGCAAUGAUUCACCAAUUAUUUGUCAAAUUUGUUAAAUAAUUAUUUGUAUGAUGUAUAAACUGACUUGAAAUAUUA